AUGGUGUCGUCUAAGAAACCGAACAAGGAGGAGAAGAAGCCGAGGAGCGAUGGCGUCGAUAAAGCUGGUGGUGGUCGCAGCUCAGGUUCCAAAACGACGACGAAGACGCCGAGUAAGGUGAAAUCCGGGAGUAAUGCGAAGAAGGAGCCGGAGGUUUACGAGAUCUCGGAAUCUUCGAGCAGCGACUCUGUGGAAUUAGUGAGACGUGAUGAGCCGAAGAAAAGCAAUGGCGUUGUGAGCAAGGGACGUAACGGGAAAAGCACCGCAAUUCCGGUGAAUAGGAGGAAAAAUGGAGAAGAGGAAGACGGCGAAGGAGGCGUGGAAGACGCUAAGACGUUUAGGUUUCCGAUGAAUCGGAUUCGGCGGAUCAUGAGAAGCGACGACACCGCUCCUCAGAUCAUGCAGGACGCUGUAUUUCUUGUCAACAAAGCCACGGAAAUGUUCAUUGAGCGGUUCUCUGAAGAAGCUUAUGAAAGUUCUGUCCAGGACAGAAAGAAAUUCAUCCACUACAAACAUCUUUCAUCCGUAGUGAGUAACGAUGAGAGAUAUGAGUUUCUUGCGGAUUGUGUUCCUGAGAAAGUAAAAGCAGAGGUGGCGUUGGAGGAAUGGGAAAGGGCCAUGGCAAAUGCAGGAUGA